AUUUUCAUUUUUCGUUUCUCCAAAAAGCAUCAUCCAUUUUUUUUGCAUUUAAUUUUCGCAUCGAAAUUUUUUUGUUUGUUACCCGAAUUUGAAAUUCUAAAAACAUUUUUCGAAAAUGACUGUCAACGAAUGGUUAAAUCCAAAUGCAGCCAAUCGUACACAUGCAAUGGCUGUAACAAGAAAUUAUGUAUCACAACCACGGUUAACAUAUAAAACGGUAACUGGUGUUAAUGGGCCAUUAGUUAUAUUGGAUGAAGUAAAAUUUCCAAAAUAUGCUGAAAUUGUACAAUUAACACUUAAUGAUGGUACUGUAAGAACUGGACAAGUAUUGGAAGUUAGUGGAUCAAAAGCUGUUGUACAAGUGUUUGAAGGAACAUCUGGAAUCGAUGCUAAACAUACGAUUUGUGAAUUUACAGGCGAUAUUUUACGAACACCAGUUUCAGAAGAUAUGCUGGGUCGUGUAUUCAAUGGAUCAGGUAAACCAAUCGAUAAUGGUCCACCUGUAUUACCUGAAGAUUAUCUGGAUAUUGAAGGACAACCAAUUAAUCCUGAAUCUCGAAUAUAUCCCGAAGAAAUGAUUCAAACUGGUAUUUCAGCUAUUGAUGUUAUGAAUUCUAUUGCACGUGGACAAAAAAUACCAAUUUUUUCGGCUGCAGGUCUACCACAUAAUGAUAUUGCUGCACAAAUUUGUCGUCAAGGUGGUUUGGUACAAUUGGAUGGUAGAGGUCGUGAAGCUGAUGAUAAUUUUGCUAUUGUUUUUGCUGCUAUGGGUGUUAAUAUGGAAACUGCACGAUUUUUCAAACAAGAUUUUGAAGAAAAUGGUUCAAUGGAAAAUGUUUGUUUGUUUUUAAACUUGGCUAAUGAUCCUACUAUUGAACGUAUUAUAACACCACGAUUGGCAUUAACUACGGCUGAAUUUUUAGCUUAUCAAUGUGAAAAACAUGUAUUGGUCAUUCUGACUGAUAUGUCAUCAUAUGCUGAAGCAUUGCGUGAAGUAUCAGCUGCCCGUGAAGAAGUUCCUGGUCGUCGUGGUUUCCCCGGUUACAUGUACACCGAUUUAGCUACAAUUUAUGAACGUGCUGGUCGUGUUGAAGGCCGAAAUGGUUCAAUUACACAAAUUCCAAUCUUGACUAUGCCAAAUGAUGAUAUUACACAUCCUAUUCCUGAUUUAACUGGUUAUAUUACCGAAGGACAAGUUUAUGUUGAUCGUCAAUUACAUAAUCGACAAGUUUAUCCACCAAUUAAUGUUCUGCCAUCACUUAGUCGUCUAAUGAAAUCAGCUAUUGGUGAAGGAAUGACACGUAAAGAUCAUGCUGAUGUUUCAAAUCAAUUAUAUGCAUGUUAUGCUAUCGGUAAAGAUGUACAAGCAAUGAAAGCUGUUGUUGGUGAAGAAGCAUUAACAGCUGAAGAUUUAUUAUAUUUAGAAUUUUUAAACAAAUUUGAAAAAACAUUUAUUACACAAGGAAAUUAUGAAAAUCGUUCGGUAUUUGAAUCAUUAGAUAUUGGUUGGAAAUUAUUAAGAAUUUUUCCAAAAGAAAUGCUUAAACGUAUACCGGCUGAUACAUUGGCUGAAUUUUAUCCAAGACAAGGUGGUGGUGGUGGUGCUGGAUCAGCAGCAACAGCGGCUGCCGCUAAAAAUUAAAAUCGCAAUAACCCAUAUUCA